AGAAUAAACUUCUCUGUGCCCUGGAGGUUUGAGGAUGGAGGACAGUGAGGGUCACAGCUCUGCACACCAAGGAUCUGGUGAUGGAGUGAUGAGCACUAUGAAUUUAUAUGCCACUCUGGGGCUCUCUCCAGAAGACGUGGAUGCUCUGGCCCAGAUUCCAGAGAACGAGAUCAGUGUGGAGACUUUGCCUUAUCUGAUAAUGCAACUGAAGGCCAAACGAGCCAAGCAAGAGGGACAGGGAGAGGCCUCCCCAAACAGAGACACCCGGCAGGAGGAUAUAGAUGAUGGAGACCGCAGCAAACGGGACAGUCCCCCUACAGUCCCUCGCCAGUCCAACAGCCAUUGUGACACUGACUAUAGGAGAGUGGAGAUUCACAGUCGACCAGAGCGGACUGAGGCAAGGAGAGAUUCCCAUCACACUAGGUCCUCAAGGGAAAAAACAUCCGACAGCCAGCAAAGGUUUCCUUUCUCCUAUCAAGUGGAUGAUUUUCAUGGAGUUGUGCCCAAGAUUUACCCACACACAUGCUCUCUAUGCUUCUGCAUGUUGAAUUCUACUAAGGUAAGCUUUGUUAUAUUUCAAUACUCUUGCUGUUGGACUGUAUAUCUAUAUAAUUUUCAUCAGAACACUUAACCUUCCAUGAUGGCAUUCAUUUAGCUUAAUAUGAGUUUGCUUUUUUCACAGACAUGGAAGGAUCAUCUCAAUGGAUUCCGCCAUGUGGAGGGCUGUCAAGAACUCUUGCGUCUGUAAGCGUUUCCAUGCAAAGUAAAACAUUUAGAAAAUGGACUGAUACAGGUCACAAAAUCUAUUGAGAUAUUUCCUAUUACGUGGUUUUAUUCAAAAUCGUUUUUUUCGUUUCUGUUUUCUUUUUUUUCUCUUUUUUUACAGAUAUCCAGAUUGGAAAAGACAUGAUACCCGGAAAGAAAUGUGAGGGGCAUGAAAUUCAGCUUUAAGUUGAAAACAGCCAUGUCAUGAUGUAAAACCAUUAGCCGUUCCUCUUCUUACUUAGCACUGUUUACGUUAUCUUCCAGGUCCAACUCCAUCCCAAGUAGAGAUGCUAUUUCAACGCCCAGAAAAACGUCACGUCCUGCUAUGCCUUACAAGAGACAACAUAGCUCAGACCGCGUACGAGGUGAUAACCCGAGUCCCAUUCCAAAAUCAAGUUUGAUCCAGACCAAAUAAGGCCCAAUUGCAAACCAUUUGAAAAUAAAUACUAUCUCCUUUCAUGUUUUCAUCUUUAGGUGAAGUCUGGUCAGCACCAGAAAGACACCAUUUGAAGCCCAAGGUAAUGAUGUCCCUUUUGUGGCAAUGUUUUCUUAUAAAUAGAGCAUUGAUCAUUAACUUCUUAUGAUGGAAUUUAUUUGCUUAAAGCUGCAUGCUUGAAUGUGUGAUUUUUAUAUUUUGCUUUAGGCUGGCACGAAGGUGGUGGUCACAAAAUUUCCCCUUGGCACUGUUGGUGUUGAAGACUUGAUGACUUUGGCUAAGCCAUUCGGCACAGUUGUAAAACAUCUGGUGUUCCCCUGCAAGGUAAGUCACACAAAUUGAUAAGAAAAACUCUUAAAGAUGCACAAUGCAGAAAUCCCUCUGCCAUUUCCUGGUUGCAAUAAUUUUAAUAAUUUAAGUUUUUGACAAAACAAGCAAGUAUAUUGUAGAUAGUUGUACCAUCUAAACCGCUGUGAAAUAUAUUUUCAAUAACCAAAAAUAUUGUAUUUUCAGCUGUUUGAUGCUUGUGUACAAAACCGAAAGUAAAAGAUUAAACUUAAGCAUAGAAAUAGCCACAUAGAACAGAUAUACCGCUUCUUAGACUUGCUUUCAAUGAGAAUGACAGAGAUCUACAACUAAUUUCUAUGUGAAUUUGGUUGGGUCGCCCAAAAAGUUACAUAUUGCAGCUUUAACAUUCUCUCGCUAAAAAAAAGUUACAUCCGUAGUUGAAUGUCUAUUGGAUGAUUCACUGUUGUAUUUUUGUUACAGGGCUUCCUGGAGUUUGGUUCGCACAAAGAGGCAGUCAAUAUGGUGAAUCACUUCAGUGAAAAGCAAGCGUUCGUGAAGGGAAAUAAGUUGAUUCUGUACCUGUCACCUAUGGUGUGCAGUAUACAUGUAAGUGCAUCUGCCUCUUAGUUUGAGGUUCUGUAUUCUUAAUCACAGAGAUCCCAGUAUGAGCUUGUUUUCUCCUUUAGCCGCCAAGGUUGGAUGAACCACCAGAAAAACGUCAGAACAAACAAGUUACCAAUACAGUGGUUUGUUUUUCCCGCCUACCUCCUGGGAAGGAAAGAGAACCAGAGAUUCUCGAUCUCGCCAAGAUGUUUGGGGAUGUGCGGCAUUCAACAUUUUCAAGCGAUCAGGUAAGGUUCGAGCAAUAUGGAAUUGAUGUGUGAUCAAUCAAUUUCUGCAAAUCUCUGGUGAUUUCAAAUAGAAAACAAUGAUUAAAACAAUAACAAUGCAGUUGAUCUAUUUUAAAUUCAGAAUAGCAUGGGAUUGUAUGACUAGAAUAGAUCAAUUCAACACCAAAACCUCCAUUAUGCAGCACCUUCUCAAGCUUUGUCUAAUGAAUUCUCCCUUAUUCAUCUGCAGGCCCUGAUUGAGAUGGUACAUUGGAAGGAUGCUGACAUUAUGGUGAAGUACUACCACGCCAACCCCCUAAAGGUCAAUGGAAAGAAUGUCCAAGUAAUCUUGUCAUCGUCACUGAAGCGCCUGAGGUAAGUAAGAGUCCUUCAAUUGGGACUAUGGGACUCAUCAGGAAGUUUGUCAGGGAAGUUUACCGCAAUGGUUUUUGCCUUGUAGAGAAAGUCCUGACUCCACCACAUCCAGAAGAGCAGAUGCUAGUAAAGGCCGCAGCAGACACAAGAGAGAGGAGACCAGCAAGACCUCAAACUCCACGAACAAAGAAAAACCCAGUACAGUCAAACAACCUGCUGAGAAAGUGACAGAACAAGGAGAAGAUCAACAAUGCACCUCAGAGGAGGUCAAGGAAGUGGUCAAGCAGGAAGAGAUCAAGGAUAUUGAGGAGGAGGUCAAGGAGGAGGUGGUCAAGGAAGAGGACAUUGAUUUGGAAAACAAAGAUCUAGACGAAGAGGGCAUCCAGGUGGAAGCUGAACAAAAAAGCUUGUUAGAUGACGAGGUUGGAGCUGGUGCUGGUGUUAAUAGUAAAGACCCUGCGCCUUCCAAAAGUGCCUCUCUGGUGGCUGAUUCUAAAGAUAAGGGGGAACCCGAAAUCUCAGAACUGUUGGCAGACGAUACCUUGGAGGAUUCUGACAUAAAGGCUGCCGAUGAUCCAGCUCUCUGUAAUGAUGUCUCAAUGGGGAACAUGAUGGAACAGGAGAGCUUUCAUGAAGAUGUAAGAAAUUCUUGUCAUUCAUAUUUGUGACCGGAACCAAAAAAGAAAAGCUUAUUGUUCCCCGAAUUGAAAAUAAUUUUGUAAAGUAACCAAGAUGUGGGUUCCUAGCAAUGGGUUCUUAAAGCAUGUGUGCUUCAACUCUUCAACUUGGUUGAAGUUCUGGGAGCAUUCCUGAGAAUGUAGUUUGGUUGAGAUCCUCCACUGAUCAGUUGAAACAGAUGUGGCCAUCUUCUGCCUAGAACCAUUGAAAUCUGGCUGAGGUUUCAGUGGCAAAUAAAAUUGAUCUGACACUUCAGGUUGAACCUCGUCAAUCUAGAGUCAGGACUGGCCAACCCUGUUCCUGGAGAGCUACAGUCCUGUAGGUUUUUGCUCCAACCCUAAUCUAGCACACCUGAUUCUAAUAAUUAGCAGGUUGAUAAGAUUAAUCAGGUUAGUAACACCUGGAGUUGGAGCGAAAACCUACAGGAGGGUAGCGCUCCAGAAACAGGGUUGGGCAACCCUGGUCUAGACAAACAGUCAAGAUGUUUUCUGUGACUCAUGUCAGCAAUGGCUGGUUUGAGUCAUGGAUUGUUGGAAUAUUGAGUUUGCUUGGUACCAUAGCACACUAUGUACAGUGCCUUCUGAAAGUAUUCAUACCCCUUGACUUAUUCCACAUUGUUGUUUUACAGCCUGAAUAAAAAAUGGAUUAUAUUGAUUUUCUCACCCAUCUACACACAAUACCCAUUAUGACAAAGUGAAAACAUGUUUUUAGAAAUGUUUGCAAAUUUAUUGAGAAAUGAAAUACAGAUAUCUAAUUCAUAUAAGUAUUCACACCCCUGAGUCAAUAUGUGUUAGAAUCACCUUUGGCAGCGAUUACAGCUGAGUUUUCUAUCACAGCCAUUCAACUCCUUAACUGCUUUAAAGUCAAAUUGGACUCAUGGUGAAAUCCCUGAGCGGUUUCCUUCCUCUCCGGCAACUGAGUUAGGAAGGAUGCUUGCAUCUUUGUAGUGACUGGGUAUAUUGAUAUACUAUCCAAAGUGUAAUUAAUAACUUCAGCAUGCUCAAAGGGAUAUUCAAUGUCUGUUUGUUUUUUUCUACCAAUUGGUGCCCUUAUUUGCGAGGCAUUGGAAGACCUCCCUGGUCUUUGUGUUUUGAAAUUCACUGCUCAACUGAGGGACCUUACAGAUAAUUGUAUGUGUGGGGUACAGAGAUGGGGUAGUCAUUCAAAAAUCAUGUUACACACUUAUUGCGUCCAUGCAAUUUAUGUGACUUGUUAAGCACAUUUCUACUCCUGAACUUAAUUAGGCUUGCCAUAACGAAAGGGUUGAAUACUUUUUGGACUCAAGACAUAACUUUUCAUUUUUAAUUAAUAUAAAAACGUCUAAAAGUAUAUUUCCACUUUGACAUGGGGUAUUGUGUGUAGGCCAGUGACACACAAUCUAAAUGUAAUCCAUUUUAAAUUCCAGCUGUAACACCACAAAAUGUGGAAAAAGUCUAGGGGUCUGAAUCCUUUCUGAAGGCACUGUAUGUAGGCUAUAUGAUGUGCUCAGGGGUUAUUACUUCCAUCAGUUUUAUGAGUGCCCUACAAAUCAGAUGGAGAUAAGCUUUGAAGGGUCUCCUUUAUAUUCCAUGGUUGAAUAUCAAAGGUGAUAGAUCCAUCUCUGUACAAGCUCCAAUUGUUUCCAGAAAACCUAGACUGUCGGUAUUAAUCCAGAACAGGUGCUUAAGCACUCAAGUCAGCCAAACAUUGUAGAUGUAUGGAUCAGUAGACAUGCCUAUCUGUUCAGCCCUAUCAUGGUUAACCUGGACUGACCAAAAGGUUUGAAUAACAUAGGAUAUUUAAGCUGUCAAUGUCAUUUGUAAUAGUGCAGCCACAGAGUUCACUUCCUAGCUUUGAGACGGAUCUAUAUCAUAGUUCAAGACUAUUGAAUACAGUUUUGCAUACUUUUAUGUUAAUUGUUUGAGCUGCUUUUGACAGUUUCCUAUUGCAACCUCCAAAAUAUUUAUGAGAUUCGAUAUGGUUCUGGUGCAGCACUGUGGAACUUGAAACUCUUGAAUUCUUUAACUUAUUGAUGUUUUGGACUUAUUUCCAACAGGACAAUAUGGAUGACAUGGAUUUCCCAGAGAAUAUGGAUGAUUUUGUUACAUUGGAUGAACUCGACAACAAUACUGGAGGGUACACAUCGCUGGGUAAGCGAUGAAUGAUGCAAAAAGUUCUUACUUGGCAGCAAUGGACAUAAUUAUGGUUGUUUAGCCUGUGUGGAUAACACAUUAAGAAAAUAAUCUGCAGAUCAUAAUUUAUAGUAAUAAUUACUUUUGUUUUUAUUUGCAGAGUCAAAGGAUGCUUCAUGGGUUGGUAUUCCUCCAAAAAAGACAUUGUUAAUUUAGAAACGUGCAGUUGGAAUGUGUCAAAAGUGUAGAAAAGUUGUUUUAUCCAACAUUAUUGAUAGUAGGUUGCUCAGUAAAAUUGUUUCUACAGGAUGGAAAAGUUGUCCAUAUUAGCCCAAUUAGAAAGGGCUAUGGAAACGUGGAGGUGGCCCUAUUGAAACUGGCAGAGCGAGCAAACGUGAAAGUUGUCCACCAUUCCAUAUCCUUCCUCAGACAGGAGGUAUGUUCAUAAUUAUGUUACUUGCAGAUAUGUUAAUUGCGGAUCAGUGUAUUUUGUAUGGCACUAAUGUUGUCAUAGCAACAGUGGUGAAUAACAAUUUGACAUUCAAGCAUUUUUGCAGGGAGGAGUUUAUUUACUCAACCCCUGAUUUGUGCAAGCGUUUGCUGUCCUAGUUUGUAUGACGUUGAGAAUUUUCUAUAUUUUCAGGCAUGGUUAGAGCUUGAUACUACAGAGGAAGUUCGUGAAAUGGUGAAAUUCUACAAAGGCAAAGGACAGUUGUUGCGGAAACGUGUCAGUGUUAGCAUGUGCUUUUCACAGAAAAAGUUGGAGGUGGGUUUGGUGUCUGCUAAAUGGUGUAGUAUCUAUGGUGUACACAUUAUGCAUCUGAUGAGAGAAUUUAGUUAUAAACUCACCUACACACUAGCAUAGUCAACAUUUGUAACACAAAGAUGCAUACUAUGUGUAAUGUGACUUUGUUUCUGUCAAUGUAGAGUCCUAGUGGGAGAUCCAUCUACAUUUGUAUGCUUCCACUCCAGAAGUACUCGGACGUCUCUCUGUUACGACUUGCCCAGCCUUUCGGGAAAAUCACUGGCUAUAAUUUGAACUGGCAUCAUGGAAAGGUAAAGUUUCACCGGCCCAUUUUUUAGGGGGGAGUUUGUUUUUCUAUUGAUAACGGACUCUCACAUGGAUUUUUUUCCCUUCUUUCAGUGUUAUAUCCAGUUGGAGAGUGUGGAAGCCGCUCAGAAAAUGGUCAAGUACUUCAAACGUCCACAGAAGUUUUACGGCACCCUGUUAAGGGUCAGUUUGUGCAAAAAGGGAGACUCACUAAUAUACUGGUAAAUAAUUUUCAAUGACCACUAAGAAUAUGCAGUAGAGUAGAUGAUGGAAAUUAUAGUUAGACAAAAUGGAAUUUGAAGAAUGCUAGUAUCCUAUCCAGUCCAUGUCCACUGACAGUUAAAUUGAUUGGAAUCAAUUGGAAGAAUAUACAGCCAACAAAAUUAUCUGAUAAAGAAUGUUGUGAUCUAUGGUUAACCUGGACUGUAUGAGGGUUGUAUCUAAGUACACGUUCAUGAUAUAGUUCUGCAUGACAUUGUAUUCUGCUCUUCUGAUACAGGAAGCCACCAGUCAAAUAUGAGCUGUGGUUGGCCGGUCAGAAAAACAGAAGAUCAAGAGAUCACCAUGGAGAUGAAAAGACCAAUGGCCAGUCAGCCAAAAGCCCCUGUCCAGAGGUGAAACAUGGUUAUUUGCUAUGUUUUUGUUUCCUUAAUUUAAACAAGGUGCAAGAUUGCCUUGUUAGUUAAAUGCUAGCUCAAUAUUUACGUAUUUAAUUUAGGCAUGUUCGUGAACAAUCCUUUUACAGUUACCGGUUAGUCAAGAAGUAAUCAGUCAAUGCACUUCGCACAGAGAAGAGUGAAGAUAUGUCUUGGUGUUGGUCUCAGGCUAAUUAGAACAAAUGAGUGAUAGACAUGAUUGUGUUUGUAUGGCCAGGAUGUCCAGAGCCCUGUGUCUGACAGUGAGGGGGUCUGUGGGGACCCUGAGGGUGAGGAAGCCAGUGGUGUGGAAGCUAUCCCAGAGGGAGAGGAGGAGGAGGAGGAGAAGCAGGAGGAACCUCUGGGUCCUUAUCAACCUGACAACCCUGUUGGUAAGAGGCUAGAGAAAAACAGACUUCUGUUUGUGUGGCUGCCUUUUUUUAUUAUCAGGGGUGACAAGGAUCUAAUAAAUAACUUUUAGUGCCAUAUUUUGAGAACAAACAUGUUUUCUUUCUGUCCUUUUACUUGCAGGGUUAGACUAUCUGGUACCAAGGACUGGAUUAUUCUGCAAGCUGUGCAACAUUUUCUACACCAAUGAGAAAACAGCCAAAUCAGUCCACUGUAGCAGUGAGGAACAUUACCUGAACCUUAAGGUUAUUAUCAACUAUGACAAGAGUCAGUCUUAGGAAUCAUACUUUGUGGUGUGGCGUAUUUGUAAGAAAGUGUAGUUGACCUUGGAGGCCAGAAUACAUUCUCAACAUUUCUCAGGUUUCACUGUCAAAUGUUAAUUCUUAACAAUAAAUGUGUAGAAUAUUGAUCACUGUCAAGGGAAACCUUGUUUAUUUAAGCUAGUAUCACCUAUGCUUGUGGAAUCUCAACCAAAUGGAAAGAUAUGGGACUUUUUAGGGGAUCUGUUUUAGCUGGUGUUCUUGGUUAUGGGUUAACAUACCGUAUAUAAUGGAUUGACAAUGUACACUGAUUUUAUUUUAUUUUUUCAGAGAAAGAUGGAUAAAGAUACAGACCUCGGCUGAUUGAGAGGAUUUUCGUCCACCUGUAGUCUUCCCAGAGGAAGGCCGUUUUAGUAUAAACAUUUCUGUCCAGUUUGUUUUUAACAUUCCAGUCUUUUCUGUUACUGUUGACAACAUUGUGUAACCCAUUUCAAAUUAAUUCAUGUAGUCCCAUUCUGUGGUUAUGAAUAGUACCUGGAUAUAGUUGCCUCUUAUUGAAUAAACAAAUGUUUGACUUCUGGAAAUGACUUUUGUCACCUCUUAUGGCUAACAUUUACUCUGAACCUACUGACCUUAACAUAUUUGACAGAGGCCUAUGGUUGUUUGUCAAUGAUCAACUGUCAUUUAUCAAUGACAAGGACAUGUGCACAGGAUCGACUAGAACUACAUCCCAGAAUUUGCCAUUACCCAGAGAACCAUCUGGUGCUUGACUGUGACAGCAGUCUUUUGGUUCAACUGUAAUGCACAAUAUGCAGAAA